AUGGCGGGCUGCCUCCUUGCGGACAUUUCGCAUAUGGGCCCGGAGAACGAGUUCUCGGAUGUUGUGAUCACAACGGACGGCCACCGCCGCGAAGCGCAUAGUCUUAUCCUCGCUGCACGUUCUGCUGUGUUUCGACGCAUGCUGGCCUCCCACAUGCAAGAGGGUCAACUUCAUGACGGCAGGCGACACAUUCACAUGCAGGACCUGCCUGCAAUUGUGUUGGAUCAGGUGCUGGAAUGGUGUUACACUGACUCCGUGUCCAACCUGGACUUAUCUGGGAGCAUGGACCUGCUGAUGGCAGCUGAUCGUCUUGAGAUUCUGGGACUCAUCAACCGAUGCUCACAGCGCCUUUCGAAGAUGCUUUCGGCAGACUCGCACUCGCUUCCAGAAGCUCUCGAGCUCGCCCAGAGGUUCUCGUGCACGGCACUCUGGCAGUGCCUGUCGACUGUCAUUGCCAAGGCAGGCCCAAACUUUUCAGUCGAGGAGCUGCCUGAAGAGCUGCCUGAGCUGCGGGCGAUGGUGCGUCGCGAGCGCCGGGCGCUGCUGGAUCGGCAGGCGCGCGGCCUGCGCGAGCGCCUUGCCAUGGUCCCGGCGCCGCGGCCCGCGAUGGUCUUCUGGCGCCAGCAGCUCUCACAGGCGGACCAGAAGGACUUCGUGGAGGAAGCCCUGCACGCAGAGGGUGGAGUGCCGGCUCUUUUCCAUGGACUGCGCGAGCGACUCCCCGGAUUCCUCCGCGAAGCUUCUCAGAAACGCUGGGAGGCCCUGGACGCUUCUGCCAAGCAAGGGUUUGAGAGCCUUGCGAUCGAGGAUGCUGAGCAAUCUGAACAUGCACGGGCGCACCUCACUCACGAGCUUGAAAAUGUACGCAAGGAACUGGCGCUACUGUAG